AUGGCGGAGAUCCUGAUAUUUUUUUUGGCGACGGUUGAGCUCAUCUUCUUCUUCACCUUCGACUUCAUCCUGGCGAGAAUUCUUAAUGCGUUGAAGCAGGACCACCCGGAGCUGGAGGAGUGUGCGCCGGAAGAGGCACCUGAUUUGGACCCCGUUGCCGUCGUUGACUCGCUGCGGCACACCGUCGUGGAGAUCUACGACUACCAGCAUCAACGUCUCACACGCAGUGCGGGGGCGGCCAUGGAUGACGCUGUCACGGGGGCAGGCAUCGACGAGACCCCGCCGCCGCCUUUGUACAGCCACGGGAAUGCGCUAUACGGCGCUGUUGUGGUGUGUGGACUAGCGGCCCCCGUUAUUACAUUCCUUCAGUUUGUGUUUCCCACCUCCCUUGGCUGGUGCCGCUUUGAAAUGCCGGUGUGGCUGCAGUACCUUGUUGCGAUUCCCGGAUUGGCAGCCGCCUUUCUGUUUGCGGCCCGCACGAUGCACGUGGCACACUACACUGAAGUUACUAGGCAACAGUGGAUUCUGCUCAUGUGGUUUCGCCUGGACUUUAUGUGCAUCAUGAGUGCAGUGGCUCUCUUUGGGACCGGCGGGUGGCUGAUCGCGUUGUGCAUGUUUGUCGUUGCCCUUUACCUGGCCCACCGCGUCAUGCGCAUUGAGAAGCGGCUGGCCCACCUCACACGCGAGACGCAGCUGGUGCGGGGUGAGGUGGACCUCGAGCAUGUCUAUCGUCCCGGGAGUGCGGAGGCCGAGCAGGCGUUGGCGUCCUCGGAUGUGCAGGGAUACAGCGCCCUCAAGUGA